UGUAUGGCCUUACUUGGGCAUUUUCUGGUUGGAUUGGUCAAGGCACACAUAAUCCUUAUACAAAUGUUUCUCUGACAGCUUACAUUGUUCGAUGGAUUACUGGAGCUAAAAGAAGGCAUAAUUUAACAAUAGUCUACAUUGGGCUGCCAUUAUCCAAGCACAUAUGAUUCUCCGGAGGCUUACAUCACUGGAAAAAGUCUUUCGGCCUCUGAAGAUUACAGUACAUGUAAUGCUGCAAAUGGAGGAGGAUGCUGGGCCAGAUGUCAUACACAACAGAAGCAGAAAGAAGGGUGAAAAUGCAACGGCGCCUGGUGAUUAUAUAUGCCCAACCUGCGAUCGCAGCAGUGUAUCAAGGAUUGGCCUCUUUAGUCACACAAGAAGUUGCAAAGGAUUUGAUUUGGUGAUCCCUCUUCAGAAACAUCAGCAUAUUAUCAGCAUUCACAGUUCAUCUAAUGAUCUACAUAUGAAGCAGCACCAUGCAGAGCUAACAUCACCUACUGAAGAGAGUUUCCAUCAUGCUUUAGCAACAAUCCAAAAACAAAAUGAAAAAGUGGUUUCUUUGUUUGGGACAAGUCCUGAAAGGCCUUCAGAAUCUGGGAGCACACUAUUGUUAACAAGCAGUGUGUCAUAUGACCAGCACAAUGACCAACAGCCUUUACUUUUCGAACCAAAGUCAGGAUUGUCAGACUUCUGCUAGAUGUUGAUCUUUUCAUCACAACACCAAUAACUUCUUCUUGGAGUCAAGAAAAAGCUAUUUAAAUUCCCUUAAAGAUCACAAAUUAAUGCUGAUGACAUAAAGCACAUUUAUCCACGAAAUCUUAUGAACACAUAAUAUUAUGUUGUACAACUAAAUAGUGGUGUCUGGAAAUUUAGGCAGUGUGUAUGUAGUGUAUAUGCUUAUUUAUUAUUUAUCUGUUUCUUAAACAUAGGCUUAUGUUCCCCGCGCUACCCAAACUAUAAUUCGGAGUGUGAAACAUAACAGAUUAACAGGUGCUAUAUUAUGUUUCGUUUAACAAAGAUUUUCUUACACUCUACAUAUUCCUCCCCCCCCCCCCGAGAGGUGGGCCAGGGGUAGUGGUAAGUAUUAUAAUCACGGACUGAGAAGACCUAACGGCGAGCGAGAAAGGGGUUACGUCGUCACUAGAUCUGUGUCAGCUCAAUACAAUUUUUUCUCUUCGUGGUGUAGUCUUAAUCAUAAACAGAUAAAAAUUAAAGUUUUAAGAUACUGUUAAUCUUCUAUAACAAAAUGCUUAUUUCUUAUAGUAAUACGUUUCCCGUACUAGAUCUUUAUAAUUUAUUGUCAUUGCUCUAUAUAAUAUAGAUCACUUACUCACAAUGCAUACUUUUGUUGAAAAGAAAAAUAAUUAAACAUAUCGUGUAGAUAUAGAUGCGUGUUUCAUUAUGUUCGUGUAUAUUUUUGUUUUAUUUUAUCAAUAUUUCGCUUUGCUUGGUGACUUAAUAGAUAAAAAUAAAUCUAAUUGUUAAUAUAUAUUUUGUUGUUGAUAAUUUCUUAAAUAGAAAAAAAGAAGAAAUAACAAGUUGUUCAUCAAAUGAUUAUUAACAUUUUAUUUAGACCUUCAUUUGAGUAAAUAAAAAAAAACAUAGUUGAACGCAUAAGAACAAAACACUCUCUUUAAAACAUGUUAUUUGAAGUUCAAUAUAGAUAAAGGAGAUCAAUAUGCUUAAAAACAACAUGGUGGGCGGAAUAGAUCUAGUUAUCUGGGCGUCUGAACUUCUAAAUCUUGUAUAUCUAGUUCUAGAUCUAGAGCAGGGCUGAGCAAAUAACGACCCCCCUGGCCACAAGUGGCCCGCUGGAGUGUUUUAUGUUCUAAUAUUACUGUAAGAACUGGUCGAUGCUGACUGACAGUAAUUUAACAGCAGUCGCAAGGAUUACAACUAGUAAUAUAUCUAAAACAUUUUUAAUCUUUUAAUUUUCACAAUGAAAUCAUUUUCUUUUUACUCCAGCGCAAGAACACCAUCCAAUCCAAUCACUCGUUCAGCCUUUUUUUUUUUUUUAUACAUUUGUGUCAUUCGCGAUUUCACUAGUUGGUCACGUGACAGGGCCCAGCUCUUGUCCCUAUCGGUUAUACAAAUGGGUCAAAUGAAAUUUUCUUUAAUUGUGAUUAAUUUAAUUUAGCCAUAGAAAGAAAUAAUGAUGUAGCGCUGUCUUUAAUCUAGAAUAAAUAAUCAAUGUAAUGUAGGUCGAUUGUAUUUAUUAUUUAAUAGAUCUACAUCUAUAUCUCA